GUUAGAAUUGGUUUGUUAUUAAUCGAAUAUUUUCUUAUUCUAGUUGACAACAACUUUUGUCUGUAUUUUUGUAAUUCCUGGACAUUAUAGAUAUUGUUUUGAAUAAUAUAAUGAACAUUACGUUUUAUAUCCCAUUACAAAUUUGAAUUAAUUAUUUAAAAAUACUAUUAACCUUAAAUUAGACAAUGCCGACGUUCGUUAAUAAAUUAUAUCUGUAACAAUGGAUCCUCUCGAAGGAUCUGCGCCGAUGAGAAAUCCAGGAAAACAAGACCACGAAAGUGAAAUAGUUAAGAGUCGUAAGGGCACAUCAAAACAACGAGGGCAAGGUGACUGCGAAGAAAAUGUGUUUACAUCAAUGUCACAUGAAACAGAUUUAAAUUUUUGCCCUUCGAAUGGCCCAAGACCAAGAAAUUUAAAUUCAUCAACGAACAAUGAGUUUGGACAACCGUCAAAUCCAUUACCAGAAGGUAAUUCGGAACAACAUAUUAAUAACAGUCCUCAAAUGUCAAAUAACACUAACAACACCGCGAACAAUCCACCCGACCUUGUAAGUAGUAAUAAAUUUGAUAAAAUCCCUUGUGAUAAUGGCUUAGAAUCGAGCCAAGAAAAACAAACAUGUAUGAAACACAAAGUCUGCUUGGAAACUGUAGGCCCAUCUCAUAGUUACAAUUUAAAUGCACCAUCCACUAGUGGAGCUUCUUCAAGCAAAGUCUAUGAAAGUUUACCUGAGAGUAGCUUCAGAGAAAGUAGGAAAAGACCAUCAAGCUUAAAGUUAAACAGGUCUCAUUUUGAUGCUGAUGACAGUUCCAGUGAUACUGGCAAUGAUGAUUAUUCUUUAGGCUCAGAAGAUGGAUGUAUUUACACAUAUAGGGGAGGUGAGCACUUGGCUGAUUUGCCAAGUUCUUUCUUCAGUUUGGAUAUGGGUUUGCCUCUUGACAAACAUCUCCCAAUGCCUCCUCAUUACCCUGUUGGUCAACAAGUGGGACCUAUUGCUAGAGAGCAGAGUUCACGUGUGUCAAGCCCAGACAUGGAUUUUUUAGAAAUGGAUUUUGAUCCAGGACCCUCUUGCGAAGUUGAUACUGGAGAUGAAUCUACCCCUGAUACAGACCUCGAUAGCUCAAAUAUGCCUGAAGAAAUUGAGCCUGUCAUAAGAGGGACAUCUCCUGAAUAUUUACCAGGUCCUGUUCAGCCUCAGCAGAUUGUAGUUGCAUCUACUUCCUCUCAAGUGGUAGAUCCACAUUACUCUAAUGUGCCAUCAACAAGUCGAGGUAUAGAAGUAGAGCAGAAUGUACCUGAAAAUGCAAGGGCUGCUCAAGAGUUUGGGCCUUAUAUUACUCAUGUCAAUGUGAGAGGAGAACAGUUCCUAGUGCACAGGACCACAUCACAAUGGUUGGCUGCCAAUCAGACUAUACCUGUUCAUGCAUCCAGUGGAGAUUUGAUAGCACCAAGAGAAAUAUUACACUACGAAGAAGAGCAUGCAGAGGAGCCAUUUGCAUAUCAAAUAAACCAGGGUGAAAGACCUAUCUUUGACUCGUCAAACAUGUCUUCAGCAUUUUAUCAUAUUACCAUGGCUAAAAAACUUAUGACCGAAAGAGUAACGUCUGAUAUAAACAACCAUGAUGCUGCUUCGGUAACAAAUGAAAAACCAGAAACUGAGUGUACUGUGUGUAGUGUGGAACCUCCUCGGUGCAUGGUGUGGUCGGAACGUGAGGCAUGUGAAAGACAAGUAACCCAGAUUGGCACUUCUGCUUGUGGAGCUACUGCUGUUGUUAAUGUUUUUAUUGCACUCGGUGUACCUGUAAAUCUAGAAAGAAUCAAUUCAUGUGUUGGAACAAGACUAAGAGCUAACAAUGCGCCAUUACCAAGGUAUUUAUUAUCAAGAGCAGUAGCCGGUUGCACUGCUGCAGACUUGAUUACUGGGAUCCAGAGAGCCUCAGAUGGUCUUGUAACUGCAAGAUUCUUCCCGACAUAUCCAGAAAGAGUAGUUUCCUUAUCUCACUGGUUAGCAGAUUGGAUAUCACUUGGUGCUGUUCCAAUUGUAACUCUUAACCUUCAAAUGGGUUGCGAAGGAGAGAUCCCAGAUGCGUGGCACCAUCAAAUGGUGUUUGGUGUAUCACCUCAGGGGGUGUAUUUGACCAACCCUGUAGAAUGUGUUCGUGAGUCGGCACUCUGGGUUCGGUUGACCUCCCCAUCAGUGUUGCUCGUUCGGACGAGGGACGUUCUUGCAAGGUUUACGGCUAAUACUGAUCUAACGCCGUUGAUGUUCGUUCCCGAUCAACGGUUUCACACCUUCAAUGUACUCGGUCAAGUGGUGAACGUGAUCCGCGAGUGGCGCGCCACGGGCUGGUCGGAGCCCGGCACGCGCACGCGGCACGUGCGCCUGCCCGCCGCCUACCGCGCCGGCGUCACCGUGGCCGCGCUCACGGGCUCCGAGGCGCACCGCCGCCUCGUGCACGCCGCCGCGCUGCCGCUGCUGGCGCCCGAGCCGCCCGCGCCGUCCGCGCCGCCCGCGCCGCCCGCGCCCCCCGCGCCGCCCACGCGUGAGCCGUGAAGCAACAUUGGUAAAAAGACGUUUAUACAACUUACAUUAAGGAUACCGAAGUCUCGACGUGACACGACCACAACUCGAAAAAUAAACGUGAAUUAAAAAUACCACCGAGUUCUGUAAAAUAUUGACCUAUCCGAUAAAAAAAAAAUACCUUUUCUAUAUAAAAUGUAAGGAUUUAAGGUAUAUCAUAAAUAUAUAAGACCUAAAGAAUAGAAUAAUGUUUACAGCUUAAAUUAAUGGAGAAUAUUAAUAUAUAUAUUUGUAUUGCUUUAAAAUUUUGAAUAAAAUAUGAUUUUAUUUAUUCAAAUAUAAACACCAGCUUAUUAUAUACUUAUAUGUAUGUAAAUGAAGGUUUUCUAAUUUAGGGCUCGAACUGAUUUUAUUAAACGCUCAAAAUUUUGUUAUUCAAUGUUAACAGGAUUCAUUGAACUCAGUUAAGGGUUUCGAUUUAUCAAUUCAUUAGGGAUUGUAAAAAUUAAACGCUAAUUCCACGUUCUUAUUUGUAUAAAACAUUUUAGGACAGGGUUUUCGUAACCCGAGUUAUUAUAUUGGCUAAAUUUUAUUAGCCACGAGAAAUGUGUAAAUAUUUUUUUAAGGAUAUAAUUAUGUAUGUUAAUCAAUUGGUGCUUACUAGUCAAAAUUAUAUUAGCACAUACUCUAUGUAAUCAUUUCAACACAAAGUAUAUUAUACACUCAUACUAACAUAAAAAGUAAGUAUGUGAAUUAUCCCUCAUAGUUUAGUCGCUGUAAGAAUUUAUUGUAUCAUGGCUGGUAUAUGUUAAAAUAAUUAAAUAAUGAAAGUAAUUUUACUUUUAAUUAUAAAAGAAGGGAUAAAAGACUUUGUAUCGAGUGUGUCCAGUUGGGAUUUGAAACUAUAUAAUUAUGUGGAUGUUAAAAUUCAAUAGUUACAUAUAUCUUAUUUGAACCUAGUUGAUACUCAUGUUUUUUCUUGUUUCAUUGUUUUAAAUACAUUACAGAUGUUGCCAUAAGACAUAUUAUUCUUAAAUUUUUAAUAAGCGUCUUAUCACACUCAUCUGUCACAGUAUAAACUUUCCAUAAACCUUUAUUCU